CAUUCACGUACCUCAGUACAUGCAUUACCACAACUCCGUUACUCCAACGUGAAUAGGCCCUCCUAUCCCCUCGUCAAUUACUCCUCAUGGAGGUCUUACGUAGCCUCCCCACCUCCUGGACAUAAAUCCCCAUUCCAAGGGGGUGAGUUCUGGUGGUAUCCCUGGAUGAAGGACUUGUGAUAUUUAUUGAUUGUGUCCUGUGACCGGUGCUUUUUGUUCGUUUUGAGUUCUACUGUUGUUGUUGUUUUUUUUUUUUUUUUAAUUAGUGAGUCUGGAUUUUGUGAUGUGCCGGUGAUUACGAGACAUUGGAUGACAUCGAUGGAUACAUGUUGAAUUUUAAGGAGGAACUACGGGGUGGAAGGGGGGCGAUAAUUCGUAGAGUGAAACGCAUGCGUACAAAAAGAAUAAUUAACGAGAGUGUUAGUGAGUGUUGAACGAUGGCGGGACAGUAUUAUGUGAUCAUUUUACUGGGAUUGAUGGACCUGGUGUUCUCCCAGAAUCCAAUCGAUGAAAGGACAACCUUUGAAGCUGCAUUUCAAGGAAGAUGCGGUCAUAACUCACCGUGCGAACAACUCUGCUAUGAAUUACAUGACGGAAUGUACGAGUGCGACUGCAGAGAUGGUUAUAUCCUCCACAAAAAUGGAUACAGCUGUUCAGAGUUGAAUUCAACAUCGCCGUCAACAGGUGAUAUUCAUGACUUGGCAUUGAAUGACGUUAAACCGUUGGAUAUUAAAAAUAAUGAAGAGUCCAGUGCAAAUGAUGCGCAUCAUUCGAUGAAUAAUCGCGUAAAUGUCAGGGGUGAGAGGUCGAAUGGUACGAGAUAUGAGUCCAAUGAAGUGCCCCAUGGACAUACGCUUUCUGAGGGUGAAAAGUUGGAGCAGACGGUGGCAAUAACAACUGAGAGUGUGUCAAUAACGGAGCCAGCGUGUUCUCUCGAUUGUGGACCAGUGGGAAAUUGUUACAUCGAGCAAUUGCACGACCUUGACGAAAUGGAGGAAGAGAUGGGCAGUGGAUAUACCGGAAGUGUUGGACGCAGGAGAAUUGCCUUCAGACAGCGGUGCCAAUGCCCACUGGGCAGAACUGGCGAUCGCUGCCAAAAUGAGAUUCAAGUUAAGUCGCCCCGCUUCACGGGAUCAAGUUGGCUGGCAUUUCCAGCAUUGAAAGCAGCUUACAAACAUAUCCAAUUAGACUUAGAAUUUCGUCCUGAGGCGUGGAAUGGAAUUCUUUUGUUGACGGGGGAGCGCGAUGAUCUCCAGGGUGACUUCAUGGCUGUAAUUCUUCAUCAUGGCUUCAUUGAGUUCAGAUUCGAUUGUGGGAGUGGUGUUGGUGUUGUAAGGAGCACUGACACCGUCAAGCUCAACGAGUGGAAUACACUCAAUGUCUACAGGCACCGGUGGGACGCCUGGAUUACCCUCAAUUCUGGAAAACGCGUGCAGGGAAGAUCUAAGGGAUUAUUCUCGAGGAUAACGUUUCAAGAGCCAUUGUUCGUCGGUGGCCCCGGAAAUACAACAGGUCUGGAGCGACUUCCGGUGAGAAUUGGAUUUCGAGGAUGUGUUCGUCAUCUAGAGGCGAAUGACCAUCAUUACCGUCUUGCAUUGGCACCGGAGGGAGAUACCAUCAACGGGUUUGAUGUUGAGGAGUGUACGGCUGAUAGAUGCAGCAAAGUACCUUGUUCCCAUGGGGGAAAGUGUUUGACAACAGGAGGAGAUACAGCUGUUUGCCUCUGCCCUCUUGGUUACACCGGUGAUUUAUGCGAGACUCGCGUUGAUCUUCAGGUACCAUCUUUCAACGGAUCAUCCUACCUGAGAUACCCGGGCUUGGGUGAUACUUCCCUGUCGUGGCUCGAGCUUUCAGUGACGCUCAAGCCCACUUCAUCAAACGGCGUAAUAUUGUAUAAUGGACAUCACAGCGAUGCUACCGGUGAUUUCAUAGCAUUAUAUCUGGCCGAUGGGCACAUUCAAUUCACCUUUGAUUUGGGAACUGGACCGGCAACUUUACGGAGUGAGACGCCGGUGAGACUGGGGGAAUGGCUGGAGGUGAGGGUCUCGAGGACGGGGAGGUUGGCGUCGUUGGUUGUAGAGAACGAGCCAGCACGAGAGAUUUUAGCCCCUGGGGCAUUUACUCAACUCUCAUUGCCGCUGAAUCUCUACCUGGGGGGAGCCCCGUCUACCGACAUUUUUACACCCAAGAUGAAGACUGUUGCCAGUUUUGUUGGAUGCAUUCAGACGGUCGUCUUGAAUCGACGUGAGAUUGGAAUCUUGGCAGAGGCACUGGGUGGAGUGAAUGUUGGAAAUUGUGGUCACGCGUGCGAGGCGAGACCAUGUGGUGAUGCAGAAUGUCGCCCUUACAGAGAGAGAUUUACUUGUAGAUGCAGAAUAGGACUGCCCCAUCCUUGUCCAGCAACAGAGGGGAUGACCAUUCACCAGCAAAAUCCAUUGUUCAAUCCCAGCACAUCUGCUGCUACAAGAUUAGACAGAUUUGAGAAGAGUGUACCGAGCUUUACAGGAAUUGAUAGUUAUCUUCAUUACAACGACGCUGACACUAUGAAAAGGAUCAUAAGCUAUCGCGUUGAUAUAAACAUGAGAUUCAGAACAAGCAGUAGCGACGGUUUGUUAUUGUGGAGUGGAAGGCAAUCAGAUCCACAGGAGCAGAAGGAGCAGAACGAUGAUUUUCUUGCGGUUGGCUUGAAUCAGGGAUAUCUCACGCUGGCUUACAAUCUUGGAUCUGGCGAGGCAAUUCUCAGAUAUAAUCUCACGAGAUUGGAUGACGACUUGUGGCAUCGCAUCAGAGUCGUCAGGAAUGAACAGUGGUCAUCUCUGGUUGUUGACAGUGGUGUCAGCGUUUCUGCGUCAUCCCCUGGGCAAUUGAGGGAAUUGAAUACAGAUACAGGACUUUUCAUAGGCGGAGCACCAGACAUAAUGAGAACAACCGAGAGUCGUUACAAAAGAGGAAUAAUCGGUUGCAUCAGUGAUCUAGUUCUGGAUUCUGACUUCUCAGUAACUCUAUCCUCUCCUGAACAAGCGACAAACACUCACACGUGCAUUCCCUGAGUCUGAUGCUGCAGUGCUCUAGUUGGUGAGAAUCACGAGGCACAGAAUAACGAUAUGGAAAUUUGUGGAAUCUGCUGAAUACAGAUUAAUACCCCCUUUUUCGAUCCACUGUUACCUCUCCCUUUCAUUCAAUCGUCUACCUGCAUUCAUACGUUGCCAGACCAUCGGAGUUAAACCGAUGUAUCUCUAUUCCCACUAUUACCAUUUAUCAUUUUUUUCACUCCUAUACUAGUCACCACGUAUUCCUUGUCAAUCGGAUUUUUCGAUUACUUCGAAAAAUCGCCUUAACCAUGUGGAUAAAACGUCCAGUUAAAAUACUGAGAAAAUGAAGGCUUUAAUACUAUGUAAAUAUUUAUGUAAUUUCCGAAAUGUUCGUGAGGCUGAAUUAUUGCUGUUUCCGUUGUUGAGGAGAGAAACUCCUAGAAUUUUUCAUUCUUGACAUUCAAAAAUGGUCUUUGCAGGAUUUUCACGCGUGUCGAGCUUGAAAUAAUACAAAAACGAAAAAAAGAAUUGACAUUUUAUGUUGAAAUUUGUCUGAAAUAUUUGAA